AUGGCCAACGCACACAACGUUGGCGAACUAGGAGCUGGAGUGGUGGCGGGAGAUGCGUACCGUUAUUUCGGCGAAUAUGGUAUGGACAUCACAGGCGGCUAUGAAGAGUCUGUUGGCUUGGCAGGCGGUUUCGCGCAAGGCGGAGGUGUUGGCGAUUUCACCGCCCAAUAUGGACUCAUGGCAGAUAACGCCAUCGAGUUUGAGGUUGUCACCGCCGAUGGCCAGGUGCGAGUCAUAAACGAAUGCAACGACCCCGAAUUGUUCUGGGCUAUGCGCGGUGGAGGCGGUGGUACCUUCGCUGUCCUCACGAAGUAUCGCGUUCAGCUCUAUCAUUCGUUGCCUAUUCACACAUACCGCCUGGUUGUUGAUAUCAGCAAUUCCGAUGCUUUACGCGCGCUCCUGACACUGCACGCAGAAAACCAGUUAACUUGGUCUGACGCGCUGGUUACAGGAUCAACCGACUACUAUGUCAACAAGGCAGCAUUUGGCGUAAUUCACCCUAAUCUCGACAACGGCACGAAGCUCAAAGAGGCUACGAUGGCUUUCAAUCACGCAGUCAGCAACAUACAAGGCAUAACCGUGAUCGAGAAUGACUAUACUACGUUCGACAAUUAUACUGCCUAUACCUCUUUUUCGAUCGCCGACGCACGCGUUACUGAGCCAGCAGGCAUCUCGUCUCUAAUUUCCUCACGACUCAUACCCCGUCAUCUUUUCGCCUCGCCAUCCUCUAGAUCAUCCCUAGUAGAUGCAGUACUACAUGGCAUCCAGACGGCGCACAAUCUCAUCAACAUAUCUGGCACACAGGUCGUCUUUGAAACGCCGUUGUCUAAUCCAGAUGUCGAUCGCAAGACUUCGGUACAUCCAGCAUGGAGGAGUGCGCUAUGGCACGUUAUCAACGUUGCUGAGUGGGAAAAGCCUCUCGCGCCCGCGACACUAAAGGAAGUCUCUUCCGGCUUCCUCGAUCUCUUAGAACCGGCGAAGGCGCUGACCCCUGGUGGUGGUGCGUACCUCAACGAAGCAUCUUAUGAAGAGCCUGAAUGGCAGCAAACGUUCUUUGGCGACAACUAUCCUCGGCUGCUCGAAAUUAAGCAGCGGUAUGACCCAGAUCAUGUUUUUGAUUGUUGGAAGUGCGUCGGGUGGCGGGGAAGACAAGAGUAA